AUGAGCAGUAAGAAGAAGCUAUAUAUCCUUAUAACGGGGACACCAGGAGUAGGAAAAUCUACACUUGUUGAUGCACUCGCGUGUAAACCUACAGCGAAGACAGGUAACCGAUUACUACACGUCGAGUCAAAGAACGUGAAAAGCUACAGGGUGACGGCGGAAGACGGCGUAGAUGUUGUGGUGUGCGACUCGCCUGGUCCCCAAGACGGCCAGGGAGAAUAUCUCGCCGAGCUGAAAGAAAAGUGCAGCAAUGUCUGCACCGUCAUCUAUUGCAUCGACAUCUCAGCUACUCGCUCCAGUGGAUUAACAGCUGCAGAGAUAACGCAAAACGACCUUUCUACAAUACAAAAGCUGACUACGACUUUUGGCUCUAACUGGUGGAAGCGCACCAUAUUCAUCAUGACUCGUGCAAACGUACUGGAAACAGCACUCAAAGUCAAACCAGAUGUCGAGAAGAGGUUCAACGAUAGACUGCAAGAUUGGAAAGAGCGAAUUCAUGCCACAUUAAUCGAAACAGGCGUGCCACCGGAAAUCGCUUACACAAUACCAGUAGAACCAGCUGGACAUCCGAAAAAAGCCACACCUACCUGGUCGCGAGAGUUGGCUCAAUGA